AUGCAGGGCUUCAACAAGUACUACCCGCCCGACUAUGAUGGGGAGAAGCACAAGAGCUUGAACUCGUACCGAGGCAAACAUGCGCUUGGCGAUCGUGCGCGUAAGAUAGAUCAGGGUAUCCUAAUAACCCGAUUCGAGCUCCCCUUCAACAUCUGGUGCGGAUCAUGCGAAGCGCACAUCGGCAUGGGCGUCCGGUACAACGCCGAGAAGAAGAAAGUCGGGAUGUACUACUCGACCCCAAUCUUCAACUUCCGCUGUAAAUGCCACCUGUGCAGUAACUGGUUCGAGAUCCAGACGGACCCGCAGAAUACAAGAUACGUGGUUGUCAGUGGGGCGAGGAGGAAGGAGGAGGAUUGGGAUCCGGAGGAGAAUGGGGGAUAUGGGGUGCACGAUACGGAGGCGAAAGCUGUCGAGGAGGAUCCGCUUGCGGCGCUUGAGAAGAGCACUGGCGCUCAGACGCACGCGGAGAAGGUUCAAGCGCCCAGACUUGAGCAGCUUCUCGACGAAUCAGAUCGACUGAACUUAGAUCCGUACGAGCACUCGAGACGAGUACGCAAGCGAUUUCGCGAGGAGAAGAAGGUCGAGCGUGCGGCACAGGCUGCUGAUGAGGCCGUCAAGGCGCGGCUUGGUCUUGGUGGCAGCGAUCUCAAGUUGCUGAGGGACGAUAGCGAGACUACUGCGGAGGCUAAGGAUGCGUGGGUGGCUGCAAAGCAAGAGCGCGUCGUGGAUGCGAGGGAGUUGAAGAGGCGCAAGCUAGUAUCAGCUAAGGCGAAUGCGCUGAAGACGUCCAGUUCUGGCUCAGCCAUCGCUUCGCUCAAGGCUCGCGUGCUGUCGAAUACUGCGUCAAAGCAGUCUAGCCCAUUUGGAGGAUCAUUGCUUAGUCGACCUGCGAACGCUGGCCGACCGAGUAAAGCCGUUGGAGUGGCUGUACGACGAAGUUGA